CAACUCGAACCAAAAUAUGGGGAGGCUCUUUUGCUUCUCCUUCCUCCCUCUUGUAUCUUUUCUAAUGAUCAUCAUCUUCUCCCAAACCAAGCCUGCUAUGGCUGUCUCACUGAGUACAAAUUCAAGGUGGAUUGUCAACGAAGCUGGUGGGCUGCGUGUGAAGCUGGCGUGCGUGAAUUGGGUGUCACAUUUGUCGCCCGUGGUGGCUGAGGGUCUUAGCAAGCAGCCCAUGGAUGCAAUCUCCAAGAGGAUCGUUUCCAUGGGAUUCAAUUGCGUUAGGCUCACUUGGCCACUUUCGUUGGCCACUAAUCUCUCACUUGCUUCUCUCACUGUAAGACAGUCGUUUGAGAGAUUAGGCCUCUCUCAAUACAUUGCUAGCAUCCAGGCUAACAACCCUUCCAUCAUUGAUCUUUCCCUCAUUAAGGCUUUCCAGGCAGUGGUGUCUAACCUUGGUGCCAACAAUUUGAUGGUCAUAUUAGACAAUCACAUCAGCGAGCCCGGCUGGUGUUGCAGUGAAACUGACGGCAAUGGUUUCUUUGGUGACAAGUAUUUCAACCCGGACGUUUGGAUUGAGGGGCUAACCCAAAUGGCCACCAUGUUUAAAGGUGUUGCCAAUUUCGUUGGCAUGAGCUUAAGGAACGAGCUCCGAGGCCCUAGACAGAACGUGAAUGAUUGGUACAGGUACAUGCAGAAAGGAGCAGAAGCAGUGCACACAGCGAACCCAGAUGUUCUUGUGAUUCUCUCAGGCCUGAGCUACGACACAAACCUGUCAUUCCUCCGAAAUCAGCCACUGAACCUCACGUUCACCGGAAAGCUAGUAUUUGAGGCGCACCGGUACGGAUUUACAGAUGACAGCACGUGGAAAAAUAGGAACGCGAACGAAGCGUGUGGGAUAGUGAUGGACAUAAUCAUGAGAUCGGCAGGGUUUUUGUUGGAGCAGGAGUUGCCAUUGUUUUUCAGCGAGUUUGGUAUGGACUUAAGAGGCAACAAUACACUUCUCAACCGCUACAUGAAUUGCUUCUUGGCUAUGGCAGCUGAUCUUGACUUUGAUUGGGCCUUGUGGACUCUUGGUGGGAGUUAUUAUAUUAGGCAAGGAGUCAUUGGAUUCAACGAAUACUAUGGGCUGCUUAAUUGGAAUUGGACUGAACCCAGAAAUUCAAACUUCCUGCAGAGGAUAUCUGCUCUCCAAUCUCCUUUUCGAGGGCCAGGCCUAUCAGAAAGUAAUGAACACCAAGUAAUUUUUCACCCAUUAACGGGUCUGUGUGUCCUAAAGGAAUCAAUGCUUGAAUCAUUGAGGUUGGGUCCCUGCAAAAGCUCUGAAGCCUGGAGUUACACACCCCAUAAGAGUUUAUCACUGAAGGGAACAAAUCUGUGCUUGCAAGCAGACGGAUUGGGGAAGCUAGCAAAGCUUGGUGUUGAUUGCACCAGCUCUGGUUCACAAUGGGAAACCAUCUCAGAUUCCAAGAUGCAUCUCUCGUCGGAAGUUGGCAAUGCUACUAGUCUUUGCCUUGAUGUAGACUCCAGCCGUGCCAUUGUGACAAAUAGCUGCAAAUGCUUGAGCAAAGACACAGCAUGUGACCCAGAGAGUCAGUGGUUCAAGCUUGUUAAAAGCACAAGAGAUAUUCCAACCUCCUAAAUAUCCUUCGAGAACAACUUUUGCUG